GACCCCAAGGUCCUCGAGGAGCCCCCGGCGAACCUGGCCCCGUGGGUGACCAAGGUCCACAUGGUUUCUGGGGCGAACGGGGCGCACGUGGCCCCCCUGGUAUGGACGGUUUACCUGGCCCCAAAGGAGAACAAGGUCCCCGAGGUCAACAAGGUUUCCCGGGAGAAAUGGGAGUCUCGGGAGCGCCGGGUGCACGUGGACCCAAGGGCGCCAAGGGAGAAACAGGUUGUCAAGGCCCACGGGUAUGUUAUGCACUACAAUCUACUGUUCAUGGUGCCUAGGCUUAGUCGUGGAAAAAAAGGUGAAGACGGCGAGGAAGGACCUGUAGGCAUGGACGGGAACCAGGGACCUCCAGGAGAAGCCGGACCGCCGGGACCCAAGGGUAUGCCGAGCUCACUGGAUGACGGCCCCCCUGGGCAAGAGGGUGAACCUGGCGAUGCCGGAGAAGAGGGUCCGCAGGGUCCACGAGGAGAUCAGGGCUCAGAGGGCCCAGAAGGUCCCCGCGGCCUGGAGGGAGAACAGGGCGAAAAAGGUGCCCAAGGUCCACCAGGUGAGGAGGGUCCCGAAGGAACUUAUAUAUACGCAAACAAAAGAUGCGCCGAAAAGGGCUACCCCGGUGCACGCGGCCCAGACGGCAUUCCUUGCGACCCCUGGACCCUGCCACCCGUUCUUGGUGUUGGUCGCGCCGGAAGUCCGGGUGAACAGGUGAGAUGCUUUGGAAAAUUUAUCUUAAUAUUUGAUGUCACCUUGCUUUUCUGUUCUUUGGGAAGGGAGAAGAAGGAGAAAAAGGGUAUGCAGGGCCAGUCGGAGAUACAGGACUGCCUGGACACCAAGGGAACAGAAGGCGAUCAAGGUGAACGUGGUUUGGAGGGCGAACCUGGUGAUGCUGGGAUGGACGGUUCACCAGGCCCGGCCGGAGCGGCCGGUCCGGAAGGAGAGCGUGGCAUCCCUGGCAGAGAUGGUCAACCUGGCCACCCGGGCAUUCAGGGACCACCUGGGAAAAUGGAUUGCCCAGCAAUUUCACGACCGAAAGGUUUCCAAGGCCCUCAGGGACCUGAGGGACCGAAGGGGGCAGUGGGUCUUCAAGGCGAGCGAGGCCCAGAGGGACCACAGGGCAGGAAGGGUGAUGCGGGCAGGAUAGGCGAACGUGGAAAGCCCGGUGCCCAGUGUCUUCCUGGUCCAGCAGGAGCAAAAGGAGAAAAAGGACUGCAGGGUAGGCUACAGGAGAGUCUCCUUUCCCGUUUUUGCAAGAUCUCCAUCUAA